AUGGCAGUGAAGGGCUUAACAGACGCGAAGUACAGUGAGUCUACAGCCACAACAUGCAGUCUUGUCAUGCGCUACGGACAUGGACCCUCCUUCUCCACCACCACCAUCACCACCACCACCACCACCACCACACCUGUCCCACAAGACACAGAUGAGGUGGAUGGCGUGCUCUUCAACACCGGCCCUCUCUCUAAUGGCCGGGCCACACCUGACCUGGCCAACAGUACACCCACAUACCCGCACCUCACCCACACACCUUCAGACGCGCGGCCCAUCAGGGUGUACCUCUCAAGAUUCUGGAUUCUGGCUACUUUCUCCUUCCUAGCCAUGUUUCAGUGCCUAAUGUGGAACACCUGGGGGCCAAUCAGUACCAGCAUAGACGCAGCGUACCCUGGGUGGGGCUCAGGGACGGUGGCCAUGAUGGGGAACUGGGGCACCAUCAUGUUUGUGUUGACAGUGGCCCCAAUGUGCUGGGUCAUGAACGCCAAGGGGCUGCGUGUUGGGGUGCUGCUGUGUGGGGGGCUGGUGGCGGCUGGGACACUCCUCAGAGCUCUUCCAUUAAUUGUGUCCACUAAUGCCACGUUUUUUACUGUCAUGUGUCACAUCUGUGCUAUCCUGGUGGGCAUCGCUGGCACCCUGGUGAUGGCGGCACCCCCCAUGAUAGCUGCCGUGUGGUUCCCUCCCAGAGAGCGCACCACCGCCACAGCCUUUUGCCAGAUGAUGAAUAUGUUGGGGAACGGAGGGAGUUACCUGGAGCCUCUGAUGGUGCAAGAGCCGUCGUCAGCACACCCUGAUGAGGAGGAGGUGGAGGAGAUACGGAAUGACAUCAAGAGACUGGUGUAUAUCUGGGCUGGCGUGGGUGUGAUGCUGAUGGCGGUGCUGGUUGCCUACUUUCCUGCCAAGCCCCGGACGCCGCCCUCCAUCACUUCACAUGUGGACAGAUUAGACUUCAGGAGCUCUCUGUCUCUCCUCAACAGGAACAAGGACCUGUUGCUGCUGAUGGUGUCCUAUGGGGUGUCUGUGGGCGUCCCUUCGGCCUGGCUAAGUGUCCUCAAUUUCUCUCUCUAUGAUCUGGGGCUGUCUCAGGACGAUGCGAUGUGGGUUGGCAUAUCGGGUGUGCUGGUGAGCUGUGGGGCCACCUUGGUGACGGGCCGGUUCACUGACCUCAUCUACGGCCACAUCAAGCUGUCCCUUAUCCUCAUCUCAGCCAGCACCAUCGUCUUCUUCUACUGGUUCUUCCUGCUCUCCUGGCACGCCAUUCCUGUGUCCACCUGGCAGAUAUACCUGACAGUGACAGGCGGCAUAUCUUUGAACUUCGCCAUGAGUCCGCUGUUCUUUGAGUUGGCAGUGGAGAGUGCCUAUCCAUGCUCUGAGGUGAUGGUCGGGGGUGUGCUGACUGCCUGUAACAACCUGGUGGGCCUCUGCUUCCUCUUCCUCUUCUUGGUGCCUUUCCCCAGCUACCAAUGGGUGACAUAUGUACUACUGUCUGGCAUUGGUGCGUCACUCAUCCCUCUGUCACUGACCAAGGAGGACUACUCUCGCUCCAGCAUAGACCGCAACCAGGCACACUCCGCCUACCCACCCAUCUAACUCAUCCUUGCCUAACCUAACCUAACCAAACUUACCCUAACAUACCUCUGACACACUCCAUCACACCUCAACCUGCCCCAACACACCCAAGACUCUCCCCAACACACCCGUGACUCCCUGACCUUCCCUGACACACUCCAUCACACCUCAACCUGCCCCAACACACCCAAGACUCUCCCCAACACACCCCUGACUGCCUGACCUUCCCUGACACACUCCAUCACACCUCAACCUACCCCAACACAUCCAAGACUCUCCCCAACACACCUUAGACUCCCUGACCUUCCCUGACACACACCAACACACCUCAACUUACCCCAACACACCUCUGACUCUUCCCAACCUGCCCUGACACACUCCAACUUUCCCCAACCUUCCCUGACACACCCCAACACACCUCAUCUGUACUGACACACACCAACACACCCCAACAUACCCUGACACACUCCAACACACCCUAACCUUCCAUUACACACCCCAACACACCCCUGACACACCCCAAGCUUCCCUGACCUCCCUCUGACCCAAUUUGUCUCUACCUCGUGUUUGUAAUAGUAUUUAAAAUUUGUUGAUAAGAAAGUUGUGAUAUUUUUUAACAAUGUGAUAAGUUAAAUACUAAAGACAGUACAGUAUAUAUUGAUAUGGGCCUAAUAAGUAAUUUUAAUGGUUGUGUAAUGCAUACAUAUACUGAUUUAGUUUUAUAAUACUUAAUAGAGGAAUUGUCCACAUAUGUAUAGAGAUGAAUAUUUUAUGCAUAUUUAAGGAAACAUUUAUAUUUGUAUAGUGAAGGGAGUGAUGUCAUGAUUUGUAUGAUUCAUGAUGUAUGUAAUCUAUUUUAUGCAUGUAAUCAACAAACAGAUUAUUAUUAAACAAAGAAUAUAUA